AUGGCUACUGAAUACGAGGAUGUGCUCACAAACCAACCGGUGGUGAUUGAUAAUGGUUCAGGUACGAUAAAGGCUGGCUUUGCUGGUGAAGAUCACCCGAAAUGCUUCUUCCCGUCCUUUGUCGGGAGACCGAAGCAUACUCGCGUUAUGGCUGGCGCACUAGAUGGGGACAUGUUCAUCGGACGACGCGCUCAGGAAUUUCGCGGGCUUCUUAAGAUACGCUAUCCGAUAGAGCACGGCAUUGUCACAAAUUGGGAUGACAUGGAGAAAAUAUGGAAUUGGGUCUAUGCAGAGGAGCUGGGAACCCUAAGUGAAGAGCACCCAGUUCUUUUAACGGAGGCCCCCCUAAACCCUCGAAGCAACCGAGAUGUAGCCGCUCAAAUCUUCUUUGACACAUUCAAUGUCCCUGCAUUGUAUAUCAGCGUCCAGGCAGUGUUGUCGCUUUAUUCGUCAGGGAGAACAACAGGCAUUGUUCUUGACAGUGGAGAUGGUGUCACGCAUUCUGUUCCAGUUUUCGAAGGUUUCUCCAUGCCUCACGCUAUACGGCGGAUAGAUGUAGCUGGACGAGACGUCACAGACCACUUGCAGCUCCUCUUGCGAAAAGCUGGACAUCAUUUGCAUACUACUGCUGAGAAGGAGGUUGUUCGGACAAUCAAGGAGAAGUGUUGCUAUGUCGCUGCCAACCCGGCCAAAGAGGAAAAAGAUUUGGCAGGGAGAUAUGAGGAAUUUAAACUCCCUGAUGGAAGCAGUGUUCAGCUCGGGUCGGAACGAUUUCGGGCUCCUGAACUCCUCUUCAAUCCCGAGCUGAUAGGUUCAGAAUAUGCAGGCGUGCAUCAGGUCGUCGUCGACUCCAUCAAUCGAGUAGAUCUCGAUCUGCGAAAAAAUCUCUUCACAAACAUUGUUCUUAGUGGUGGAAGUACAUUGACAAGGGGCUUCGGUGACCGGUUGCUCAACGAGAUAAGAAGAUUAGCUAUUAAAGACAUAAAGAUAAGAAUCUAUGCCCCACCAGAACGGAAGUACUCGACGUGGAUUGGAGGAAGUAUCCUUGCUGGACUUGGGACUUUCAAAAAGAUGUGGGUCAGCGCGGAGGAAUAUCAGGAAGAUCCUGACAUCAUUCACAAGAAAACAGGUUUUUAA